GGGGCGGGCGCGCGGCUCCCCGGGCGCAGCCGGCACCGUGACAGCGCCGAGCCGGAGCCCAGGGACACCCCCGCUCCGCUGCCGCAGCCGCUCUCCACAGCUCACCCUCUCCAGACCUGCCCUGCCCGGCAGCGCUCGAAGCGGACCCUGUGCCCAGCCCGGCUGACGCCGCUCCCGCUGAUCCCGCGCCUCCAGCACCGCUGGGCAGCCUCUGCCGGACAGAAUGUCUCAGUGGUAUCAGCUACAGCAGCUCGAUUCCAAGUUUUUGGAGCAAGUUCACCAGCUGUAUGAUGACAGCUUUCCUAUGGAGAUCAGGCAGUACCUGGCACAGUGGCUGGAAAACCAGGAUUGGGAACAUGCAGCCGGCAAUGAAUCAUUUGCUAUACUCCUAUUCCAUGAGCUGCUGUCACAGCUUGAUGAUCAAUUCAGUAGAUUCUUGAUAGAAAACAACUUUUUGCUGCAGCACAACAUAAGGAAAAGCAAACGUAACCUUCAGGAUAACUUCCAAGAAGACCCAAUACACAUGGCAAUGAUCAUCCACAACUGUCUGAAAGAAGAGAGGAAAAUACUGAACUCUGCCCAGGCAUGCAAUGAGAUGGAAGUAGGGAAUGUACAAAACACUGCAACUGGGAUGCCAGACAAGCAGAAGGAGCUUGAUGCCAAAGUUAGGGCUGUAAAAACCAGUGUUACAGAUGUGGAGCAGGACAUCAAGACAUUAGAGGAUGUGCAAGAUGAAUAUGACUUCAAAUGUAAAACCCUGCAGAACAGAGAACAUGAGUCCAGUAGUAUGUCUCAGGAGGAAUACAAGAAAGAGCAGCUGAAUCUCCAGCACAUGUUCUUAUCACUGGACCGCAAGAGAAAGGAGGUGGUGAAUAAGAUAGUGCAGCUGCUGCAGAGCACAGAGCACACCCAGGCUGCCCUCAUUAAUGAAGAGCUGGUGGAGUGGAAGCACAGGCAGCAGACAGCGUGCAUUGGGGGGCCACCCAACGCCUGCCUUGACCAGCUGCAGAACUGGUUCACCAUUGUUGCUGAAAGCUUACAGCAAGUUCGUCAGCAGCUCAAGAAGCUUGAGGAACUGGAACAGAAAUUUACCUAUGACCCUGAUCCCAUCACAAAAAAUAAACAAUUUCUGCAGGACCUAACACACAAGCUUUUCCAGCAGCUCAUCCAAAGCUCCUUUGUGGUAGAGAGGCAGCCUUGCAUGCCAACACAUCCUCAGAGGCCACUAGUCCUGAAGACAGGAGUGCAGUUCACUGUGAAGCUGAGAUUGCUGGUGAGACUGCAGGAACUGAACUACAACUUGAAAGUGAAAGUUUUAUUUGACAAAGAUGUAACUGAGAAGAACUCGGUCAAAGGGUUCAGGAAAUUUAAUAUUUUGGGAACAAACACAAAAGUAAUGAACAUGGAAGAAUCUACUAAUGGAAGUCUAUCAGCAGAAUUCAGGCACUUGCAACUGAAAGAACAGAAAAACACAGGGAGCAGAACAAAUGAGGGUCCUCUGAUUGUGACAGAAGAGCUUCAUUCUCUGAGUUUUGAGACACAGCUGUGCCAGCCUGGUUUAGUAAUAGACCUAGAGACCACAUCCCUUCCCAUUGUUGUGAUCUCAAAUGUGAGCCAGCUUCCCAGUGGAUGGGCUUCUAUCUUGUGGUUCAACAUGCUGUCUACUGAUCCCAAGAACCUGUCCUUCUUUCUGAAUCCACCUUGUGCAAAGUGGUCUAAGCUUUCUGAUGUUCUGAGCUGGCAGUUUUCUUCUGUAACAAAGAGAGGACUUAAUGCAGAUCAGCUGAGCAUGCUGGGGGAGAAACUUCUUGGGCCAACAAUUGGAGGAUCUCAGGAUGGCCUUAUUCCUUGGACAAGAUUCUGCAAGGAAAAUAUAAAUGAUAAAAAUUUCCCCUUUUGGCUGUGGAUUGAGGGAAUCCUGGAGCUUAUUAAGAAACAUCUCCUGUGUCUCUGGAACGAUGGCUGCAUUGUGGGCUUCAUCAGCAAAGAGAGAGAACGUGCUCUGCUGAAGGACCAGAGCCCAGGAACAUUUUUAUUGAGAUUCAGUGAAAGCAGCAGGGAGGGAGCAAUCACCUUUACCUGGGUAGAGGAGUCUCAGAAUGCAGAGCCCCAGUUCCACUCGGUGGAGCCCUACACCAAGAAGGAGCUCUCUGCCGUGACCUUCCCCGACAUCAUCCGCAACUACAAAGUGAUGGCGGCCGAAAACAUCCCCGAGAACCCUCUGAGGUUCCUGUACCCCAACAUCCCCAAGGACAAUGCCUUUGGCAAGUACUACUCCAGGCCCAAGGAGGCACCAGAGCCAAUGGAUUUGGAUGGUCCCAAGGGAACUGGCUACAUCAAGACUGAGUUAAUCUCUGUAUCAGAAGUGCACCCCUCCAGGCUGCAGUCUCCAGAAAACCUGCUGCCCAUGUCUCCCGAGGAGUUUGAUGAGGUGUCUCGCAUGGUGGGCCCCGCAGAGAUCGAUACUGUGAUGUGCACACACAUCCAGCUCUGAGCUUGGCUGAGCUUCCCCUGCGUCAUUAACACGGCCCAUCAUCCGCUUCACGCCUCCCGUGCUGCACUCAGUGCCUUGGGGACAGCGCUUCCCUUCCUUGGUUCCUCGCCCUCAAGGUCCUGCAGCAGUUUCAGCUGAUGGCAGUACCAACAGCAGCAGCCUGAGCAGCCUCCCUACAAGCAUAUCUUUGUUUAAUUAGCAAGAUACCAUGCACAUCUUUGUUUAAUUAGCAAGAUACUGUGCCAGAGUGGAGGAAGAGGAAGGUGAGAUUGUGAGCUCCUCAAUGACAGUGAUGGCAGAAACAUGCAUUCAUUGUUUGAAGAAAUUAGUUAAAAGUUUAAAACAGUUAACUGUACAUAGAAGGCUUCAAAGAAAAGCUGGUUCUUUUACAGAGGUUCUGUUCAGAAAGGUUACACCUUGAAUUUUUGUCUGCAUCACAAAAGGGAAACGCUCUACACAUAGCAUGCCACAGCAAAUCCAUGUGCUGCUGGUUUGUUGUGCUUUUAGCUCUUCUGGGCAUGGCCCAUGGAGAGAGCAGAAGCCCAAAAUGUUACCUGCAUUUCAUUUUCACAAGGCACAAGGCAUGUGUAGGGAUGUUUAGCACAGUCUUUCUCAAAAAAAGCAUUUCUUAGCACACCACCUUCAAGCUGCAUUGGCACAUGCUGAGCUUGGAGCCCAAGGUGCAUAAUCACGACUAAAGCCUCUGCAGACUGCAGUCAUCAGACAGAAUCAGAAUUUCCUCUUAGAGGACUGCAAAAGGGAUUGAAUUAUGAUUUUAUUUACUGUGCCUGAUCUGCCAAGGUGAGGAUCUGGUCACCUCCAUUUUCUGCAAUAAUACAGAGCCCCUGUAGGUUAUAAUAGGUGGAAUGAAACUCAGUUUUCUCAUGCAUCAUGAACUAGGGCAUUUAUUUAACUGUUAAUUCAAAUGGCUAAAAUACUUUACAGGUUUUGAUAAUGAGGUGGUUUUGUAAUUAGGGGUAAGGCACAGGAAAGUGAAGAAGUUUAUCCAGAGCAGUGGCUGCAGGGUAUGCAGUCUGCAGUACCCAAAG